AUGUGUAGUACCCCCAGGUUGGACACAUUGAAAGAGGAGGACAGUUAUUUAGGACUACAGAGUAAAGGUGUGGUUGACAGAGAAAUGAGUCCCAGCGCAGAAUUAUUUAGAGGUAAUCGCGCAGUUUCACCGUAUUGCAAUGGAUCUACCGCGAACACAAAGUCAAGAAAUGGUAGUAUAUCGAGUAACAGUGUCAGUACUAACAGUAAGACUGUUGGUUUGGGACUCGCGCGUCGACCAAGUGACAAUCUGCUGCUCAAUAUGACUGCUCUUGAUGAUACGGGAAAGCUCAAUGAUGAUUCAGUACCGUUAAAUGCUGGAUGUGGUCUGCCGCCUCCAAGAAAGAAUUUUGUUACGAGGAGUGAGAAAUCAGAUAGACCAAUCUCCAAUGACUCGAUUGCAACAAGAACCACAGAGCUUUUCUCUUCUAACUCUUCAGAUGUAAAUUCCCGUUCUUCGUCUCUGGAGAAUGAUAAUAGGAACGAUAAUGCGAGCAAAAGUGAUAGUGGCACUGAUGAUGAUUCGGUCCUGGAGAUUUCGUCGCAAAAAAACUCAUCAGCGCACAGUUAUGGUGAUGAGACCAUUCGUUCUGCAAAGGACUCGAGUAAAGAUGGGAGUGGAGCUACGGCACAAAGAACUCGAUAUUUCUUUAAUAACGGCAGCAAGGCUCAAUCACAGAUAUCAUUUGCAGGGACGACUAGUACCUUAAACUCACCGGCAAAGACGUUAGAUAAUACUACGCUACAACAGCCAUCUUUACCUACUGCAUCACCACUUUAUCAACAUUCCAAUAGCACAUCCGCGAUCUUAACUAACAAGGCGCGAUUAACUCCAUCACAGAGGUAUCGUUUGCGUAAAGCUCAAAAUGAGACCGUUUUGAGGAAAUCAAUCAGAAGAAAGGAAAAGUUUUAUGAUGAACAAGAGAAGAAUUCAGAUCUACCGAACGAUUUUGAAAAUUUGUCGAUUUGGAACAUACCGAUGGCCUCAGCAUCUACUAGUACCUUUCUGAAUUCAUCACAAUUGAGCUUGAGCAAGACCGAAACGCAUCGCUCACAUGGCAAGCGAUCAAAUCAUAAUGUUUCUUCGACUAAUGAACUUUCGUUCCUUGAUUCAUGCGAGAUGCCGACAUCCCCAAUUCCUGGUGUCAACCGAACUACUGAUUUCCAGUACAUGCAACAAACCUCCAAAAAUCUGACCUCUGUUUAUAAGCAUUCUUCCAGCAGACUGUCUGAGAGCAAAUUGUCCGAACGUACAGCCUCGGCAGAUUUCCUUCCAAUAGAAUUCAAGACUGCUAGCGACCUUGGCCUAGAAGAUUUGAAGCUUGUUUCUGAGGAUAAAUUGGGAAUUACUAGUCAUUCAAGGCCAAGUUGGUUACCCCCAAAGGAUCCAGAGGAGAGAAAACUCCACGAUGCACAGAUAUCGAAGAGUACAAGUAUGGCUUCGAUAGAACAGCUAGACAGGAGCAAAGAACGAGAGGAGAGGCUCAUCAAAAACGAGACAAAUCGACAGAAAUAUGUUCUCCUGCUGGAUAGAGACAUCACGAGGAAUUCUUCGUUGCAAGAUUUGAAGAAGUUGAUCUGGGAGACCCCACUUACAGAUGAGACAAGGUAUCAGGUGUAUGAUGAGAUAUUGCAGAGCAACAUCAGGCUAGUGACAGGAAAAUACGUAGAACAAUUCGAUGACCUGUUCAAACUACUAAAUGAGAUGGAUUUUCCUCGUAACAAAGAAGCUGAGAUUGAAGAGCUUAUCAAUAUGGGAAUACGACGCAAGGCAGCGGGCAAGGAAAAAAUAUCGAAAGAUCUUCCACUGAUGUUGAAACUCAAGUCCAUCUCACGACAGGGCUUGAUUCCAGGUGAUGAGCUUCUAUUUCAUCAUUUUCUUCUUAGCCAAUCAUUCACUUCAUUGAAGCAGGUAUGGGAGGUUGUGAAUCUCAUUCAAAUGACAUGUUUCAAUGAUCUCUGCAAGGAAAAAUUCAAUCAAAGGGUUUUAAACUCUCGUGGUGUAGUGGCUCAUUACUUACUAAGAGGUGAUGAUUUUAAAAAAGAGUUCAAUCCAACCUGUCUUAAUGCCACAACCUGGUGGAACGUUUUGGAAAGAAUAGACCACUCUCUUUUCAUGUGGGUCAUCGACAUCAUCGUUGUCUCUAACAAUCAGUGCUUCAAGAAGUAUCCCGUCAAUAAAGAAGCAUUCGCUGAAAAGCACUGGGAGCAAUACAGAGCCAAGCACGUGGUUGUUAACUACAAGAUCCUUGCUUCUCUUGUCCUGGACGUGCUUCUCAACUACCAUUUCGGUUUCGAUGACCUCAAGAGCCUGUCAAGCCUCAAUGACUCGAACUUUUGCAUACCGAUGCCCAUGGAUUACAUCAUAGAUACAGAGACCGUGAACUCCAUGUUCAUCCGCAAAUGGUUGCAUUAUUAUAAGAAGUUCUAG